CUAUACCGUACCCAAUCGUCCCGACUUCUGUCAGCAACCACAUCCUCCUCCUCCAGUCAGAGCUCACGUUACCGAUUCGGCGCCGCCGUGAGAGGCUUUCUCGCCCAGCCCGCCGCAUCUCCGAUCAAAGAAAACACUUCGCAUCGCAACCAAAAAGCCAACCAUCUGGCCGCCUGAAGAUUCAAACAUUUUCUGGGGUUCGCAGCCUCCACCAGCUAAACCACUAGAUAUCCAUCUUCUCUCUCGUCUGAUCAUACGGAGCUUGGCCAACCCUUCCCUGCUUGGAUUCCCCACAUGUUAUUCGCAGCUGCAUCUCUUCUCAGACUCCUUUCCACCUCCUAUCUCCGUUCCAGGAUGCAGAGCUGUCAGAAUCCAAAGAACAACGGCGCCGUUGAUGAGGCAUGCACCGGCCCGUCCUGGAACGGAGUAGGCGCAGGUCUCCUCCAUAUUUCGCUGCGUAAGCUGAGCUUAAAGGGGUGGAAAGCACAAUUGCGGCAUACCGAGUCGGUUGGUUAGGGCCUGGCACAUAUAGUACUCUGCAUAGGCACUUUUAUGACUGUUGACACCUUGCAGUUCCAGUCCCAAUCAGACCCCGUGAAUCCCAUGCCUGUGCAGUGCAGUGUCUUCCGUGAAGGAGGCCUUUCAAGUUAUUCCUCCCUUCCCGUCCAGGAUGAGAAAAGCAC